GUCUGAAAGUGAGCGGCGCUAUGGCUGAUGAGAAGAAAGCACAGCAAGCCUCCAAGAAGGGCGCAAAGAAAAUCAUCAAGAAGGCGCCAGCGAAGGGCGGCAAGAAACGGAAAAGGUCCAGGAAGGAAAGUUACGCCAUCUACAUCUACAAAGUGAUGAAGCAGGUUCACCCCGACACCGGCAUCUCCUCCAAGGCCAUGAGCAUCAUGAACUCGUUCGUCAACGAUAUUUUCGAGCGCAUCGCGGGGGAGGCUUCCCGCCUGGCCCAUUACAACAAGCGCAGCACCAUCAGCUCCCGGGAGAUCCAGACCGCCGUGCGGCUGCUGCUGCCCGGGGAGCUGGCCAAGCACGCUGUGUCGGAGGGUACAAAGGCGGUAACCAAGUACACCAGCUCCAAGUGAAGGACUGCAUUAUACUGAGGCAAACACACAUCCAAAACCCAAAGGCUCUUAUAAGAGCCACCUACAACUUCCCAGAGUGACCUGAACUAUUUCUAAAGAAAUGUUUGUUUUAGUUUGCAUAGGUAUUCCCCUGUCAGUAGAGAGGCAGUAGAUUAAGCGCCGGUGUGUGAUUUUUAUAAGUGCGAAUCGACGAUGGGUGGGGGGAGCGACUUCAUAAACGCUAGCGAGAGAGCAGAUAAAACGAUAUGGAAUCAUUUUUCACCUUAAUUGUUCAAGUUGCGAAAGGCCUUGGUGGAAUGAUAACGCUUAUUUUAACCCUGGCAAACCAAACGGAAGUGCUUCACAGUCCACGAAUUGAUGUAUUUUAUCCUGUUUUCUAAAAAAAAAUUGCGCGGAUUUAUUCCGCUUUUACAGGAUACACUUCCUGCUGUCUGUAAGAAGUUUUCAAAGUGAACAGAGAGUACACCCAAACAGCUGACGGACUGAGAUGUGGAGAUUUUUGCUGAAUCUGAUCGAAACCGAUAAGGGAGGACAUCUUUAAAACAUCGUCUGAACACCGUGUUCGCCAUCGAUACUGAGCUGGAAGAAUGUUGUGUGCUGCUUUAUCAACAUGCCGGGGUGUUACUGAAAUGUGAAGUGAAAAGACAGCUUGCAGACUGCAAUGUUUGGCCCGUUUUGUUUCAGCCUCUAAGAUUUAAAAAAAAACAACCCACUCUCCAGAUCAGAAAUGGACAGAUACAGGUCGGCAAAUUUGGGAGAGUAUGACCGUGUGAAGUACACAUUUGUAAACUAAAACUAAAUUAACAUGAGAAUUAAUGUUUUUUAAACUUA